UUCCUUCCACAGCUAGUUCCCGGUCCAGCAGCCCCAGCAUCCACUGUUAAAGAUCAGUUUAUUGAAGUGAUUUUCAUUAAUUUUAAUAUAUUUACAGAAACAGGUUAACGACAAAGAUGGCCGUCUACAAAAUCGUGCUGAUUCGCCACGGAGAGAGCAACUGGAACCAGGAGAAUCGCUUCUGCGGCUGGUUCGAUGCAGACCUGAGCGAAACCGGAGAGAAGGAGGCGAAGAGAGGAGGACAGGCCCUGAAAGAUGCUGGGUUCGAGUUUGAUAUUUGCUACACCUCUGUGCUGAAGCGGGCCAUCAGGACACUGUGGCUCGUCUUGGACAGCAUCGACCAGAUGUGGGUGCCGGUGCAUCGGACCUGGCGGCUCAACGAGCGCCACUAUGGAGGCUUGACGGGGCUGAACAAGGCCGAGACGGCUGCCAAACAUGGAGAGGCUCAAGUCAAGAUCUGGAGGCGCUCGUUUGACAUCCCCCCUCCUUCUAUGGGCCCAGAACAUGACUACUAUAGUAUCAUCAGCAAGGAUCGCCGCUACGCAGACCUGACUGAGGAGCAGCUGCCGUCCUGCGAGAGUCUUAAGGACACCAUUGCACGUGCGCUACCUUUCUGGAACGAGGAGAUCGCCCCUCAGAUCAAACAGGGAAAGAGGGUGCUCAUCGCUGCCCAUGGAAACAGUUUGAGGGGAAUUGUCAAGCACCUGGAGGGAAUGUCAGAUGAAGCAAUCAUGGAACUGAACCUGCCAACAGGCAUUCCGAUCCUCUACGAGCUCGACAAGAACCUGAAGCCAGUGAAGCCGAUGCAGUUCCUGGGAGAUGAGGAGACUGUACGCAAAGCCAUGGAGGCUGUUGCUGCUCAGGGAAAAGCCAAGAAGUAAAAGCACAGGCAAAAUCCAAAUGGCCUACUCUGUGUGCAAUGUUAUAACUUGUCCCUAACAGCAGGCCUCAGAUUAGUGUAUUUUCCAAACCAUAACUUAUAUUGUAGUAUAUUCAAUAUGCUCUAAAGCAGACAUCCUCUCCUUGCUGUGUAUGGGAAUGGUAGAUUGAUGGGCUGUGAUAUAUCGGAGCCAUUGAAGCUAUAACUCAAGAGUUUGUGUAUAAUUUAGGGAAAAUGGUAUAUUAUAACAAAUGAGAAGCUCUGGACUGAAAUGAAUAGUACUGCUGAUAAAUGUCAGUCUUUAGCUGUGGUGUCAUAAAAUUAAUUUAUUAAAUGUUAAAUGAAAAGACUAAAUGCUUUCCUGUGGCCCUUAUAUCAUCAUCAUCAUUUUGAAACCUUCAAGCUACAGUUUGAGUUUUGUGCUAAGGUUGGGAAUGCACUUCACAUCAAGAGAGAAGAUGCCUCUUGUAGUAAAUGUGUGCUUCAAGGCAGACAAUGUUUUGUGCACUGAAGGUGAUGGGGUUGUGCCAUAAACCACUUUUUUUAUGGAUCAUGGUUGUGUUCUGUGAUAGUGUGUUAUAAACUAAAUUUAAAAAGAAAAUGUACUCAUUGGCGUUUAUGAGGAUGUUGCUAGCAAAGUUUUCAAGGCAUGCAGUCUCUUGAGCGGGGGGUUUAGGUUGAACGGUUAAAUAGUUCUCGUCUGUUUGUCUUCUCUAUGUUCAGUCUUUCUGAAUGUUGUCAUGGUGUUGUCUGAUAUUUAGUAUGUCAUUUUAAACAUACUAUACUAUUGCUUUGCUCAGUUUUGCACCAUAUACAUAAGCAAGCAUUUUAUUCAAAUUAAAAAGUUUCAGUGUUUACAAAAUCAGAAAAGUUCUCAAAAAAGAACCUUUGUUGUGUUUGUUUUUACUAUAUUUGGCCCAUCGAUGUCUAUUGUUUUUCCUGCUAAAAAUCCCAUCAUGUCUUACAGUGUUGGUGCUUCUCUUUAUAGUUUGCAUUUGUUUUGUCUGCAUUGGGCAAAUGUACCAUGAAAGCUCUGAUCUAAUAAAUGUAAAAUUAUGGGA